AUGGAAGAUACCAUGGGUGGGGUCUACUGGGGACCCUGGGCAGCGAUCGGGUGUCUGGGAGGCUGCGGGGCAGACCCGCUCGCGGGGCGUCUCCGCUGGGGCGGGGCGGAGUGGCCCCGCAGGAGCCAAAGAGAGAGACUGAGACGUGGGCCGGGCCGGGCGGCAGGGCCGCUGGGCGGCUUGGGCGGGUCUUACCUCGGGCUCCGCCGCGGUGGCCACCGCAGCCCCCUCCUCUUCGGCGGAAGCCGCCUCCCAGCCUCGGCCCCAGGGUCAGGCCGGAGGAGACAGCAGAGGCCGAGACCACCGAGGGUCGGACGGUUCCGGGAAGGUGGGCCCAGUUGCUUUAGGGUCCGGGCGAGCGGCCGCCGCGCAUCCCCCGCCCUGUCAGAGAGACUCCGCCCGGCCUGGGCAGACACAUCCCCCGCCGCACCCGCCCAGCACGCGUUGCACCGCCGCCUCAACCGGUGUCGCCGCCUCUGCUGGUGCCACAGGGUGCCUUCGCAGCCGCGUCUCAGCGUCCUGGCUGGACUCUCAGCAGGCACAGCCAACAGCCGCCGCGUCCCAGUCAGCUCCGGCCCGCGCGCCCCCGACCCCGCGCACGCGGCCCCGCCCCGCGCGACUCCUAGGCUGCAGACGAGCAGGCGCGCGCGCACUUACCUCCCACGCCCCCUACAGCCUGCGGGAUCCUGCCCGGCCCCGCCCCCGCACGUGACACUGCCCGCGAGUACAACGUGCGCUUGCGCGGACACGCCCCAUUUCAAUUGCCUCAGGCGGACACGCCCCGUCUUAUUGGCCUCAGGCGGCCCCGCCCAAACUUUUCUUCCUCACUUUACGGCAGAGCUGGGAACUUCUGCCUUAGACUAG